AUGGCUAUUGUGAAAAGAGGUGGUCGUUCAAGGGCCAAACAACAACAAGCUCCAGCGAAAGUAAAUGGAAGCACAACUGGUAUAAAGAAAGCAGAAUUUGAUAUAACUAAAAAGAAAGAAGUUGGAGUAUCUGAUUUAACACUUUUAUCAAAAAUAACAGAUGAUGCAAUAAAUGAAAAUUUAUAUAAAAGAUUCAUGAAUGAUACCAUAUAUACAUAUAUUGGACAUGUCUUGAUUUCCGUCAAUCCCUUUAGAGAUUUGGGAAUAUAUACAAUGGAAAAUUUAAAUAAAUAUAGAGGAAGAAAUAGAUUAGAAGUACCACCUCAUGUAUUUGCAAUUGCAGAAUCUAUGUAUUAUCACUUAAAAUCUUAUGGUGAAAAUCAAUGUGUGAUUAUUUCUGGAGAAUCAGGAGCUGGUAAAACAGAAGCAGCAAAACAAAUUAUGCAAUAUAUUGCAAACGUAUCUGUAAAUCAAGAAAACACAGAUAUAUCAAAAAUUAAAGAUAUGGUUUUAGCAACAAAUCCAUUAUUGGAAUCUUUUGGUUGUGCUAAAACUUUAAGAAAUAAUAAUUCAAGUAGACAUGGUAAAUAUCUUGAAAUUAAAUUCGACGAAAGUACUUAUCAACCAGUAGCUGCUCACAUCACAAAUUAUUUAUUGGAAAAACAAAGAGUAGUAUCACAAAUAACAAAUGAAAGAAAUUUCCAUAUAUUUUAUCAGUUUACAAAACAUUGUCCACCUCAAUAUCAACAACAAUUUGGAAUUCAAGGUCCAGAAACUUACAUAUAUACAUCAGCUGCAAAAUGUGUAUCAGUUGAUGGAAUAGAUGAUGGUAAAGAUUUUCAAGAUACUUUAAAUGCAAUGAACAUUAUUGGAUUGACUCAGCCCGAACAAGACAAUAUUUUUAGAAUGUUGGCUCUGAUACUAUGGAUUGGUAAUAUAUCUUUUGUUGAAGAUGAAAGUGGGAAUGCAGCUAUACGUGAUGAUAGUGUCACGAAUUUUGUUGCUUACCUUUUAGAUGUAAAUGCUGAAAUUUUGAAAAAGGCGAUUACUGAAAGAACAAUUGAAACUUCUCAUGGUAUGAAAAGAGGAUCCACUUACCAUGUUCCAUUAAACAUUGUUCAAGCAACAGCCGUGCGUGAUGCCCUUGCAAAAGGUAUAUAUAAUAAUUUAUUCGAAUGGAUAGUGGAAAGGGUCAAUAAAUCAUUGAGUGGAAGUCAACAAUCAUCAAAAUCCAUUGGUAUUCUUGAUAUUUAUGGGUUUGAAAUUUUUGAACAUAAUUCAUUUGAACAAAUUUGUAUUAAUUAUGUGAAUGAGAAAUUACAACAAAUUUUUAUUCAAUUAACUUUAAAAGCAGAACAAGAUGAAUAUGUUCAAGAACAAAUUAAAUGGACACCGAUUGAAUAUUUUAAUAAUAAAGUUGUGUGUGACUUAAUUGAAGCCACAAGACCACAACCAGGUUUAUUUGCAGCUUUAAAUGAUUCUAUUAAAACGGCACAUGCAGAUUCUGAUGCAGCUGAUCAAGUAUUUGCUCAAAGAUUAAGUAUGGUAGGUGCAAGUAAUCGUCAUUUCGAAGAUCGUAGAGGCAAAUUUAUUAUUAAGCAUUAUGCUGGUGAUGUUACAUAUGAUGUUGCUGGUAUGACUGAUAAAAAUAAAGAUGCAAUGUUGCGUGAUCUUUUAGAAAUGUUGGAAACUUCUUCAAAUUCAUUUAUAAACCAAACAUUAUUUCCACCUGAAUUGCUUUCUGCUUUAGUUGAUGCAAGAAAAAGACCUGAAACAAUGUCUGAUAAAAUUAAAAGAAGUGCUAAUGAAUUAGUCGACACUUUAUCACAAUGUACUCCAUCAUAUAUUAGAACUAUUAAACCAAAUCAAACGAAAAAACCCCGUGAUUAUGAUAAUCAACAAGUUUUACAUCAAAUCAAAUAUUUGGGUCUUAAAGAAAAUGUUCGUAUUAGAAGAGCUGGUUUUGCUUAUCGUUCUACAUUUCAAAGAUUCGUUCAAAGAUUUUAUUUAUUGUCUCCUGCUACUGGGUAUGCUGGUGACUAUAUUUGGCAAGGUGAUGAUUUAACCGCUGUCAAAGAAAUUUUAAGAUCUUGUCAUAUACCACCAUCAGAAUACCAAUUAGGUACCACAAAAGUAUUUAUUAAAACUCCAGAAACUUUAUUUGCAUUAGAAGAUAUGAGAGAUAAAUAUUGGCAUAAUAUGGCUGCAAGAAUUCAAAGAGCUUGGAGAAGAUAUAUCAAGAGAAAAGAUGAUGCGGCCAAGGUUAUACAAAAUGCUUGGAGAAUGAAAACUCAUGGAAAUCAAUUUGAACAAUUACGUGAUUAUGGUAAUUCUUUAUUACAAGGUAGAAAAGAACGUAGAGGAUUAUCAAUGUUGGGCUCUCGUGCUUUUAUGGGUGAUUAUUUAGGCUGUGGUGAUAGAAGUGGGUAUGGUAAAUUCAUUGUGAAUACAGUGGGAAUUAAUGAACCAAUUGUAUUUUCGGAAAAAGGUGAAAUUUUAUUAUCAAAAUUUGGAAGAUCAUCAAAAAGAUUACCACGUAUUUUUAUAGUAACCAAAACAUCAUUUUAUGUUAUUGCUGAAGUUUUAGUUGAAAAAAGAUUACAAUUACAAAAAGAGUUUACAAUUCCAAUUCGAUCAAUUGCAAGUGUUGGACUUUCAAAUUACCAAGAUAAUUGGGUAGCAGUUUGUUUAUCCUCACCAACACCUACAACACCAGAUGUUUUCAUCAAUAUGGAUUUGAAGACAGAAUUUGUCACUCAUUUAAAAAGAUUAAAUCCAGGCUUAUCAAUUACAAUUGGUCCAACAGUUAAGUAUCAGAAAAAACCUGGUAAAUAUCAUACUGUCAAAUUUAUGAUUGGUUCAGGGCCUCAAGUUCCACCAAAAGAUGAUUUAUAUAAAUCAGGUACUGUAACUGUUAAUCAAGGUUUACCACCAACAAGUCAAAAUCCAAAAAGACCAAGAGGAAAAUCAGGAAAAGUUGAUUAUUCAAGAUAUUAUAAUAGAGGAUCAGGUAGAAGUUCUGCUCCGACUUAUAGUCAACCUAAACCAACAGCUAAUUAUCUGGUUCAACCUACUUAUCAACAACCUACUCAACCUACUUAUCAACAAUCUGCCCAACCAUCUUACCAACAACCAGCUCAACAAACUAAUCAUUACCCACAAUCUUCAAAACCAUCUUACCCAAAACUGCCAACUCAUCAAUCUCAAACACAUAAAGCACCGCCACCUCCACCAAACAUGCAGGUUGCUGCUGCUCAAGCCGCGUUAGGCAAAACUCAUAUAAGUCACGAACGACCUCAACCAACUACGCCAAAAAAACCAGCUGCACCAUCAAGACCAGCUAAAAAAGUUGCCCCACAACCACCAAUCAAAAAAGCUGUGUCACCACAACCACCUGUUAAAAAAGUAGCUCCUGCUCCACCUCCUCCUCCUCCGACUUUAUCAAAACCAAAAUUCCCAACUUAUAAAGCCAUGUAUGAUUAUGAUGGAUCUGUUCAAGGUUCAUUACCCCUUACUAAAGAUACAACUUAUUAUGUUACUCAAGUUAAUGGAAAAUGGGGUUUAGUUAAAACAAUGGAUGAAAGUCAAGAAGGUUGGUCACCAAUUGAUUAUUUACUGGAAACUUCAUCAAUUUCUAGCUCAAAUAAUACUAAUAUCACAGCCACAAGUUCAACUAAUUCUAAUCCAAUUAGUGCUACUAGUGCUAAUAAUUCUUAUUCUACUCAAGCUUCAACUGUACUGAAUGGUGGAACUUUAGGUAAUGGAUUAGCUGAUGCUUUAAAAGCUAAAAAGACUGAGGAAACAACAUUAGCUGGUUCUCUUGCUGAUGCAUUAAGAAAAAGACAAGAUGCUACUAGAAGUGAUGAUGAAGAUGACGAUGACGAUGAUGAUUGGUAA